UGCAUCAUGUUUUUCAUUAUUUUCAUUGAAUUUGAUAUUAUUUGAGUUCAUUACCAUUUGACAAUUUCUUGUGGAGAAGAAAAGGGUACAAGAACAUGAUGACAAUGCUGAAACAGAAAGAUAGGGACUAUUAAUUAAUAUUUUAUUUCAUUUUCUUGGCUAAAACAAAGGGUUUUUGCAAUAAAAAUACUUUUUUUUUAUGUUAUUUAGAAUCUUUGAUCUGUCCUUCUAUUUUUUUAAGUCAGAUUUUGGCAAGUUAUUGCUUCCCAGCUCAUCAGAUAUUUCUUUUACACUUUGCAUUUAGCUUCAUUUUUUUUAUAUGUUAAAUGUGAUUGGACUAAAAUACCCUUAUGUGUAACCUACCAUCUGGCCAAAAUUUGAGUGUGGUACUGGUACACUUCUGUAGCUAAGUCCAUAUCCCAAGAUUUUACACAAGAAUUGCAUGUCACGACAGAUGCUUAUAUAGGUGUCAACAUUGGUACAGAUAUAACUAACUUGCCAAGUCCAACAGAAACUGUGGCCCUUCUCAAGGCUCAAAGCAUCCAGCAUGUCAGACUCUACGAUGCGGACAGGUCCAUGCUUCUUGCACUUGCCAAGACUGGAAUCCAAGUAAUUGUUUCUGUUCCUAAUGACGAGCUACUCGGAAUUGGUCAGUCCAAUGCCACAGCCGCGAAUUGGGUUGCUCGUAAUAUCAUAGCUCAUGUCCCUUCUACUAACAUUACUGCCAUAGCCGUUGGUUCCGAAGUCUUAACUUCGCUCCCAAAUGCAGCUCCUGUCCUUGUAUCCGCACUUCAAUUCAUUCAUUCUGCGCUUGUUGCAGCUAAUCUUGAUGAUCAAAUUAAAGUAUCUACUCCACUUUCUACUUCCAUCAUACUUGACUCUUUCCCACCAUCUCAAGCGUUCUUCAAUCGAUCUUGGGAUCCGGUCAUGUCUCCUUUACUUAAAUUUUUGCAGUCGACCGGUUCAUAUCUUAUGCUCAACGUAUAUCCUUAUUAUGAUUACAUGCAAUCCAAUAACGUAAUCCCUCUAGAUUAUGCUCUAUUCCGUCCCUUACCGCCAAAUAAAGAAGCUGUUGAUAGUAACACCCUCCUGCAUUAUACAAAUGUUUUUGACGCAGUUAUUGACGCUGCUUAUUUUGCAAUGUCGUAUUUGAAAUUUACCAAUAUCCCUAUUUUAGUCACCGAGUCAGGAUGGCCCUCCAAAGGUGGUUCGUCCGAGCCGGAUGCUACUCCUGAUAAUGCAAACACCUUCAAUAGUAACCUUAUCCGGCAUGUUUUGAACAAUACAGGGACUCCGAAACAACCUAGAGUCACAGUUAGUACGUAUAUUUAUGAGCUUUAUAACGAAGACUUAAGAACAGGUCAGGUAUCUGAAAGCAAUUGGGGGCUUUUUUAUGCAAACGGAGCGCCGGUUUAUACUCUACAUUUGACUGGUGCCGGUACUAUGUUUGCAAACGAUACGACGAACCAAACAUUUUGUGUUGCUAAGAGUAAUGCAGAUACUAAGAUGAUACAGGCAGCUCUUGAUUGGGCUUGUGGACCGGGGAAGGUGGACUGUUCGCCUUUGCUACACGGUCAACCGUGUUCUGAUCCGGAUAAUGUUGUUGCGCAUGCUACAUAUGCCUUUAAUGCUUAUUAUCAGAAGAUGGGCAAAUCUCCCGGGUCCUGUGAUUUCAAAGGAGUUGCCUCUGUCACCACCACAAACCCAAGUCAUGCUUCAUGUAUAUUUCCAGGAAGUGGUGGUAGAAAUGGCAGCAGCAUAAAUGGAACAGCACUAGCCCCUUCUAUCAACUCCACAACUUCAGCCUCUUUUUCACAAUACUACAAUGGUGGAUUUUUCACCAGCUAUGUGAUUCUUGCACUACUUUUGAGUGCACUUUUUGUCUUGUAAAACUAGACACAUUAAUUAUUCACCUAAUUAGCAUUAGAAUCUAGUUUAUGGAGUUUUUGUAAGAUUGUAGCAUGCCCAAUUUUGUGUUCCUCUUGUUGAGGAUUUCAAGGGUGGCAAAGUUGGUCAAUAUUGGUAAUUGUAAUUGUAACAUGAAUUGGCCAUUUCAAUUCUUUUUUGUACAAACCAGAGAAAUCAUGUUCAUCAUUGUUGAAUCAUGAUGAUCUCACUCAAGUACUUGCGAUUGAUUUGACAUCAGUCAAAAUUCAUUAGCUAUUUGAGUCCAA